AUGUCGGCUCAAGAAAACCAGGUAAAUUCUGCAGCAGCCGGGGGGGUGCAGGGGAACCAAGAGGAGUCCCAGCCCUUUGUUAUACCAAGUAACCCGCUGGCUUUGGCGCAGUUUUUCAAUGAUUUUCAGGAGUUUUAUAAGCAAAGGAGGUCCGCGGGCCAAGUGGCACCCACGCCAGGGGCAGCAGCACCGACAACAGUCGCAACAGGGACGUCAGCACCAACGGUGGUUGCACCAGCGGCAGCAGUGCCAGCGCCAUCAGCAUCAAUGGUGUUCUCCCAGGAGUUUAUCCCGGACACUCAACUUAAUGAGGUGGUACUCCCAGGUACCUCCGCGUCCACUAUGGCAGUGCUGAGCGUAGCCAAAGAGGCAACAGCCCGGCAAAAGAAGAGCACCCGUGCUCAGUCGGCCACCUCAGGCAAGUCGAAAGGAGGCCAGAAGGGUGGCAGGAAGGGUAAGGCUAGUACUCUAGGUACCUAAGGCUGCUAACCCACAAAAGGACCCAGGUGUCCCCAGUCUCUUUCAGAUCCCACCCCCGCAAGCGGCACCAGCCGAGGGCGCAUCAGAAUCCACUUCGGAAGAGGAAUUGCGGGGUCUGCAGGCGGUACAGGUGAACAGCGUACUGGAUCAAGCCGCGCCGGAGGUCCUCUCUGGGAAGAGGAAGGAGAAGAGAAAACACACAUCAAAGAAGAGUAAGAAGAGCAGGCGGUCGGAAUCGGAGGAUGAUUCAGGUACCUCUUCUUCUUCUGACUCAGAUAGUGAUGUUUCUAGGGAGGAAUACUGGGGCCAUGGGGAAGACUGCGUCGGUCUCCCUUCAUGGGCUCAUGAAAGGAGGGCCAAUUCCUACCGUAAGUCCUUUAACGGGACCCUUGAAUGGAAGGAUGGCUCGCUAGUGCCGGACGUUAAAACUUCCACUCACCUAUCUACGGACUUCAUUGUGGGUAACCAUUUAUCUCAGAGGAAGAGGGACAAGAUCCUUAAUGGGGACUUUAUUGAUAUGUUCAGAUUGUUGCCUCCUGCUAAGAUGACAGGUAAAGGAGAAAAGAGGCGCAGCCAUGGAAAACGCAGGUACAGAGCACCCAGAGUUGAGCGCACUUUUGACCAUUGGCUGGAUGGGUUCCAGGUAUUUAUGGGUGUCGUCAGCGCCGCUUAUCCGAAACGGGCGAUGCAUUUAGUCGCCUACAUGGCCCAUGUGAGGAGGGCUAGGGAUCUAGCGGGGGAUACUGCCGCGCUAAAUUACGAUGAGGAUUUCCGCAGAAAUGCGUCGCUGUUAUCUUCCACUCGUUGGGAUCUGAGGGACCAGAACUAUUGGUCUGAGCACGUAGGCCCCUACGUAGACAGGAAGCCCCAGGACUCUUCAAAAUCCUGGAAGACCGCUCCGAGACAGAGGCGACUGUGCUGGGAGUUCAAUAAAGGGGUUUGUGUACGGACGGUCUGUAAGUACAGCCAUGAAUGUGAAAAAUGCCUCGGUAACCACCCAGCCACUGCCUGCCUGAAAGGGAGGCAGCCCUUUCGGGGUGGGAGAGGUUCCUACAACCAGGGACCCAGGGGUGGCCAAGGAGCCCCUUCGGGACUUCAAGGGAACAGGCAGUAA